UCCAAAACAAGACGCUCAACAAUGGAGCUGCCACCCUCAAUUGAAGAAUGGACCAUAGAAGACGUCCACCAGUGGCUGAUAAAAGUGGUCAAAGUUCAUGAGACGUAUGCCAACAGAUUCCGAGCAGAGGAAGUGUCCGGAGAUAGUUUUGUUGUCUUUGAAAAGAAAGACAUAUUGGAUUUGAACAUAAAUCAUGGCCCCGCUGUAAAAAUAAAAUGUUAUCUAGAAAGUCUGAAAGAAGGAUCACAACAUCAAUCACAGAUCCCUGCAUAUGUGAGAAACUGGACAAAGGAGCAAGUAAACCAGUGGUUGCUGCAGCAUGUUAAAUUAUAUAGCAAAUAUGCAGAACGACUUCAAGAGGAAGGUGUGUCAGGAGAUUGCCUUGUUUGCUUCAAAAAGCAGGAUUUUCUGGAUCUGGGUUUGAAGAGUGGUCCUGCUGUGAAGAUUCUGGCAGAACUCAGUAAGCUGGACAAGAAACCGGAGCCAGCAAUGCAACCAAUCCCUCACACCAGCACAGAGCAAAAAGAAUCGCCAAAACACAUGGCAAUCACACAACCAGAUUCAUAUUGCAAAACUGAAUCACAAACAGACAAAAUGGUGGAAAAGGAAUCUGUAAAGGCUCAGCCACCAUUCCAGACCCUUUCAGAGAUGGAGGAAAUUCAACAGCCAAAGCAACAGGACUUGGGGGCCAGAAGAAAAACACCUAUUGUGAGCACAGUCCCAUCAGAUAAACCAAAGAUCACUGAAGAGAUCCAGGAAACUCUAGCCAGCCUUUCAAAAGAUGACCUAAAACUUUUUCAUUUUCACUUAAAAGGUUACACUAAAUCAAUGCAAAAACCUAUUCCUCAAAGCAAACUGGAAGACAAGGACACCAUGGACACCGCUACGUUACUGACUCGCCACUACGGAAGCAAAGAGGCUUUACAGGUUACAAAAGACAUUCUUCGAGAUAUCAACCAGCGAGAACUUCUUCUUCAGCUGGAAAAGAAAACGGAUCCAGUGGAACAGGAGAGUCUUUCAAAAAGCCUUUUGAAGAAAGAAGCUAACCAGGGUGACAAACUUAAAGACUUGUUAACUUGCGGGGGGAACUCACUGGACAACUAUGCCCAUUUUAUUGUUGUUGUCAACAAAAGCCGUCCAGAUCAAGUGCAGUAUUUUCAAUUUUUGAAAAGGCUGAAACCGUUUUGUGUGUUGGACUUUGACCCUCACUCCGUUGAUCCGGGUGGAUUGUGUCACUCUUACCGAGAGUCAAGGGUGGCCAAUCUGCAUACACCAUCGCAGUACAAAGGACCAACCGACACAGUGAUAAAGAGUCUUAACCUCCACAAGCAAACCAGCUGGGUCUUUUGCAAUGGCAGACAUGACUUAGACGGUGACUCAAACAAGCAGUUAGACUACAAGAACUGGUUGAGGAAAUCUUGCAAAGAUGUAGAGGAAUUGGUGUCAUUCAUUUGCAACCCUGAAGUUAUUUCACGUGGAGAAAGUCUCAUCAUUUUCCUUUUACUUUCACCUGUUGACACUGAGAAAGAUCCAAUCUUUGACAUCUACAAGUCUUUCAUAAAACACACGAACGAGGAAAGCAUCAUCAAUAUUUGUGAAUCUCAGACCAUGUAUGAGAAAUGGCGGGAGCUUGUCCAAGAGAAGUGUGACUCUGACAUCGACCUCCGAUCGAUAUAUGAGCUGACCCUCGGUGAGGUCAAUGGAACAGUAAUGGCACUGGGACCAUUCAAUCAGUCAUCUGAACGGUUGCUUCCCUCCUAUGGUUCUAGUUGUGUUGUUCUAAAGCAGAAGGAGGAAGACUUGUUGACAGCUCUGGAUAUUUUGUGUCUGAAUCAGUGUGAAAACACAAUGGAUGAGAAAAGUACAGAGUUUUAUGGCCAUCGACUCAGAGUUGAGGAGGAAUUCUACAAAGGAGGAAAAGUCAAUUGGUGGAACUUCUACUUCUGUUACAAAGACAAAGCGAGGCCAUUUGUUAAGCGGGACAAGUACGAAAAUGUGAAGAAGAUCAUUAGGUCUCAGUUGAGGGAUUCCAAAAACAUGUGUUCGCUACUCAAUCUGUUUCAUCAUCCAGGCUGUGGAGGGACCACUUUAGCAAUGCAUGUGAUGUGGGAUCUCCGUCAGGAGGUCCGGUGUGCCGUGCUGAAAGACAAUACACUGCCAAAGAAAGAAGUUGCCCGUCAAGUCAGUACGCUCAUGAAACUUGAAAGUGAAAAACCAUUUUCAGUUUUGCUGUUAGUCGAUGAUUCAAAAGAUUCCGAGAAUCCUCACGAACUAGUGAACUGCAUAGAGUAUGCAUUAAACAUGAAUGUGGGUGACACACCAAGCGGCAGAGUCAUCAUCCUUAACUGUGUUCGUUCCCACAACCCAAAGGAACAAUACCAACGGGACAACACAGGACAAAGUCAGUACAUAACUGCUUCACUGACACAAGAAGAACAGGAAGAGUUUGAAAAGAAGCUCAGAGAGCUUAAAGAAACUCAUGAAACACCUGAAAACUUCUAUAGCUUCAUGAUCAUGAAGAGCAAUUUUGACAAGAAAUACAUCAAGGAUCUUGCUCAUAACAUGCUGGAGAAUUUUGAUUGCAGCUCGAAAGAAGCCCGACUUUUUGCCUUCUUAGUGCUGCUUAACACCUACUUGGCAGGAUCUGAAAUCUCUCUCUCCCUCUGUCAAGAUUUUCUGGGGAUGAAAAUGGUAGAAUGGAAGCUGGACAGCAUAAUGGGCAGAAUGGAGCCAUAUUCAAACUUUCUCAUCGUAGACACAGUUGAAGACUUGGGAAGAUACAAAGGAAUCCGAAUCCUUCAUCACUCCAUAGCAUCUGCAUGUCUAGAAGAGUUGGAGAAAAGCUACUUUUUAAAAGUAAGUGAGAUCACUAUGGAAAUUCUUCAUUGUGAUCUGUUCUUCAGUGUUGGAGUUGUCAAACACAGAUUCAUGGGCUCCAUUCAUCAAAUGCUGAUUGAAAGGCAGCGCAAGAAAGGUGGAGAUGAGAGAGAACAAUUUUCUUCUCUCAUAGGGAAAAUCCACAAAGAUCAUGGGCGACAAACUGUCCAGGAUAUCUUUGUUAAAGCAUCAUCCAGGUUUGUGACAAGUGCAUCUAUUCCUCAGGCACUGGCGAGAUAUUUGUGUAUCAUGGAGAGUGACUUCCCAGAGGCUCUGCAAUGGGCGGAAAAGGCCAAGAAUAUCAAACAAAACCCAUACACAUUUGACACUAUCGGCCAAAUUCACAAAAGCAAUUUAAAAUCUAACAACUUCAGAGAAAAGCAAGAGACAUCCCGCAAUCAAGAAGACUUGAAAACAAACAUUCAAAUUGCAGAAAAUGCUAUUGCAGCAUUUAAAAGGGCUCAAGAGCUGGCAAAUGAAGAGGAUGAACCAGAGAGAGAAGCUGCUGAUGAUGUGUCAGAAGAUUACCCCAGAAAGUCAUAUAAUGUGUGUGGCUAUGUGCGUGUUCUGGACGUUGCCUUGCUGGUCUUUGAGAUAUUGAGCAGAUUGCCGUUCUUUGAAGAAAGUGAUCCAAUGAAGAAGAAAUACUUGCAGAGUUUUCUUAAAAAAACUAUCUCGAUCACCAUCGUGUACAAAGAGGACAACGAGAUCAACAACAGAUAUGUGGAGAUCAUCAAAGAACACCAGCAGUUUCUGCAGAGUUUGAAAACUGAAGUAAAAGAAAUCUUUGAAUUUCUUUUCUUUUACUUUACAAAUAUUAAAAAAAUCACUUCUGAAUCAGAUUUCCGCGCAAAAGUUAGUGUGCUUUUUAAAAAGUAUGUAACUCUCUUUUGCACAACUUCAAAUGAAAGAAAAGAAGAACAAGAACACAACCCACGACUCAAUUUGGAGAUCAAUAUUGAAGAGCGAAGAUGGUUUCUUGAAGAGAAUUAUGCAGAUACAUUUGCAGGAAUUCUUCAGCAUUUGGACAAACCUGCCAUUGAGAUUGAGAAGAUCACAGAAUGCUAUGGAUUCUUGCUACAACAACAAUUCAUCAACCAAAAGAAAAAGACAAAGGAAACAAUCAAUUACAUUAUGUCAAACAUAGUUCUUUACCUUUUGAAAUCCAAAUCUAAACAUGUAGAAAGUCACAGCUCCCUCUCUGCUCUACUUUUGCAAACUCUCCAAGAGGUAGGACUCCGGUACCCCUCCCCUGAUCCGUACUACCUGGCUCUGCUGUUACUCUGGCCACGCCCUGGGCAGGAAGACACAGAAAUCGGGACAUAUGUCAGAGCUAUUCGGAAAUCAAAGCGCAUGACCUUAUCAUUUCGAAUAAGAAACACGAUUGCCAUCCUCUACCUCGGGAAAGGUGAAGGACUCAAGAGGCUUGUUUCUAAACGCCAACUAGAUGAGAAUUUUAAAGAGAUGCGUCGUGACACCCUGGCUGAACUUUGGCGAAAUGGAGAUAUAUUUAGAAAGAAAGCCAUCAUCAAGAGACUUCAACGAGUCAGUGGAACAACUGAACAAGGAGAGCUGUUUGCCAAUUAUGGCAAAGGAAAAAUCCCUGUGCGUCCAGCUUUAAUUGGCGCUAUAAGAAGUGGAUCAAGCACAGAAAAGGUGUCUUUCUACCUUGGUUUUGCCAUUAAUGGACCCCUUGCAUACGAUAUCCAGUAUGAAAACUAGGGCGGCUGAUGGUAAAACCAGUGCGUCAGAAGUGCAAAGACAUGAACUGUUAUCAGUUAUUAUCUACCUUCCAAAGAACUUUUUUUUUUAUUGUUGUCUUUCACUGGUAUUUGCCAAACAAUCUUUGUAUUUACUUGGGGUGCAUGAAUCAUUAACACAGUUCACCUUUGAACAAAAAGCUGACGCGUGAGAUGAACAUUUUGGGAAAUAGGUGUGGCAGAAAGAUGGCUCUGAUGGAACUUUAAACACACGUCAUAAAUCCAAUCCAACCUGCUGCUGAUGGGUCUACUACAGAAAGGCAUAUAAUGUGUAUGACUAUGUGGGUGUUCUGGACAUUGCCUUGCUGGUCUUUGAGAUUUGAGCAGAUUGAAGAAGAAAUACUUACGAGUUUUCUGAAAAAAAGUAUCCCGAUCACCACCUUGGUGAAUGGAACAGUAACGUCACUGCACAAGGAAGACAACGAGACCAACAACAGAUAUGUGGAGAUCAUCAAAGAACACCAGCAGUUUCUGCAGAAUUAGAAAACUGAAGUAAAAGAAAUUUUGUCAGAUUUCUGUGCGGGCAUUUGAUAAUCAUGCAGGGUUAAAUGGAAACCUGUAGCUCAAUAUAGAUGUGCUGUUGUUUUUAAAAUUCUUUUUAUGAUCUCUAAUCUUUUAUUAACAUUUAUUAUCUACCGUUCAGAGAGCAUAGGUGUUUUUGUUUGUAUUGUUGCCUCUUGCUGACAUUUGCCAAACUCUCUCUUUUUCUUUACUUAAGAGUGCAUGAAUCGUUACGCAUGAGAUGAACCUUUUGGGAAAUAGGUGUGGCAGAAAGUGAUUCACUGUGAUGGAACUUUAAACACACCUUAUAAAAGAGCAUGGACAUUUGAAUGCAGGGUGAAAUGAUGAUCCCACAGCUCUAUCUAAGGAUGUGUGUAUAUUAUUUUUUAGACCAUUUGGUUAUUUAUUAUUCACAUUUUGCUGGUAAUUUUUCUCGUUUUGAUAUUGUUGUCUCUUGCCGAUGUGGUGCAUUGGCCUGUUUGCUCUUAUACAGGCACAUAACCAUCAGAGAAAUCCUCUUUGGAUCUUCACAUGGUCACGUAAUGUAUACACUUGAACUUGAAAUAAACUCAACUGUACAGCAA